CGGAUUGCUUUAUUUACAUUUUUGGUACGAUAUUUACAUUAUAGAUACGAAUUAUGCCUUUCUAUCAAAAACCAAAAACAUUCACCCCUUUAUUAUUAGCAGCAGAAAAAAAAGCUAUUAAAAACGGUGUACAUAAGGCAAUAUUUACAUCACGUUUCGAUAAAUACGUUGGCGAUUGGAAUAAAGAUUUAAAAGAAGGCAAAGGAUUAUUUUUAACAUUCACUGGAAAAUUGUACGAAGGAGAUUGGUAUAAAGGUUUUAGGCAUGGGUUUGGAACUCUCAGUAAUAAAUUGGCUAAUGGGACCUUUAGUCUAGAAUAUAGAGGUGAAUGGAUAAAGGGAAAACCGGAAGGGAUAGGUUGGAGGUACUACGAAAAUGGAGAUGUUUACUUCGGAUUUUGGAAAAGAGGUCGUCGACACGGCUAUGGAAAAAUAUGGUAUAAAGAUAGUACUUUCUACGUCGGAUAUUGGAAAAUGGAUAAAAAAGAUGGACUUGGAAUGUUUGUUCAAGCAAAUGGCAAUCGUUACGAGGGUCAUUGGGCUGAUGACUUCAGGGACGGUUUAGGACGUUUCUACCAUUUACACACUGGUCAGCUGCAAGAAGGAUGCUGGAAGCGAGGAUUGUGUAUUCAAUCGAAGAUGUGUGACAUAAUUAUCCGCCAAUUUUGUGAUCUACCCACACCGUAUCCUAUUCCACAGGAAACGCUUCGAAAUUCACGUAAACUGCUCGAAGAAAGUGAAUUUUGGCUAAAACAAAAAAUAGGAGACAUCGACAAAAACUUAAAAUACUGCAUUGACAAAAUGUAAGGUUUAUUGCGAAAUACAAUCAGAU